CAUACUCACUGCCGUCAUACCACGCUCUGGGAGGGGCCUUCCUGGCCCCCCAGGUUCCAUAUACAUGUGUGUCAUCACAGCACGACCCCGACGUCACAACCUCUCCUCUCAUCACUUCUGACAUCAUCAACACCUCCAGCAACACCACCAUCAACGUUGAAGCUGACAUCACCUUCAAUACAACCAAGACAAUAACACAGAGUGAGUGCGUGUACCUGGUGAGAGACUCUGACACACUCGACCUGCGACAGGUCACCUGCACUCAGUGGCGCUUUGACAACUCAACUUUCACCUCCACCGUCACCUCUGAGGUCUGUCUCACUCACCACAUUUUGCUCUCUAAUGAGAAAUUCUGA